AUGGCAACCGAAGAGCUUCCUGUUUUUCUUCCUGGAGACUACUGCCCCCUUAUUCAGCAGUCGGAAGGCACAUCAGCAGAGGCGGCAGCUGCAGCCUCGGCCUCCGCGUCCGCCGCAGCGGCUACAGCUCGCUCAUUCCAGUGGAGCGCGGUCUAUGUGCACCCUUCACACCUUUCUGGGAAGGAUGAAACUCAAAAUCAUGGACCUGAGCCCGCAGUCGAGGUAGAGGAGGCCGGGCCUUGCAUCAAAGCCAGAACGGCCUCCGUGAUGUUGCCCAGACACGUCUUACCACCUCACGGGCCUACUUAUGUUUGCAUCAGCACAAACAACAGAUAUUCUCCGCGAGUUGGCGACAUUGUUGUGGGCAUCAUUAGCUCCAAGGGCUCAGAGUACUACGGCGUGAAUAUACGAAGUGUUGGCCCGGCCCGCCUAGCAACUGUGGCGGGAUUCGAAGGUGCGACUCGACGCAGCAAACCGCAACUGAGCGUUGGCUCAGUAUUGCUGGUGCGCGUGUCCCAUCUGUCGCCGCUGCUGGGUGCAGAUGUCACCUGCUGCAGCAGCAGCUGCAGCAAGCCGUGGACCAGCAAUGAAAAGGUCCUCGGGGAGCUCAGAGGAGGUGUCAUCGUUGAAGUUGCGAUCCCUUUCGCACUCACCUUGCUGUGCCACGACAGUCUGGUGCUGCAGUUGUUAGGCUCCCGACUGCCCUUCGAAAUUGCUGUGGGACUCAACGGGCGCGUGUGGCUCCGGGCUGAAACUCCUACCCUUAGCAUGAGGGUGGCCAACUGCAUCACCGCCGCAGCGGCUGGAAAGACUCCGGCAGUUCUGCAGGCCAUCGUAGAUGCUGUCCUGCAGCAAUGA